GCCACGCACACGCACGCACGUUCCUACUUGCGCACUCCCUUUCGGCAGUGUGCAACAUAGCGGCUGCUCCAGUCUUACGUGUGCCUUGUUUCUGGAACUUCUUGUGGAGGCGGGUUUUCAAACUCCUUCCAGACUCUGGAUUCGGAAAACGCACUCAAUUUUCUUUCCUUUUUCUCCCCCCUCCACCCCUCCCCAAAAUUUAUCCUCGUCGUCGUUCACGUCCUCGUCUGGUUUCCUGUUGCAAAGCCUUGGGAGGGAGUUGCGUGCACAGCCCAGUUCUUCCUUCGUAGAAACUCAAUGACAGGAUCGGUAGCUCUGAUUUUUCUACAUCGUCCGCACAUGCAGGAGCAAAGAAAAGGAGAACAGAGAAGACAUCGCGGAGGAUGUGGAAUGAUUUAUAACUUCAAAUAAUAACAAUAAUAAUAGUAAUAAUACAAGAAAUAUAUCCGCUGUAUCGGAGAAGAAGAGGAGGAAGGUUGUUUUCGGCGUCCUGAUAUUAAUAAUAAGGUUGCCAGGACCCUGUCAACUCUCCUGAGUCUUGGUUAUCUGAGAGAGGUCUCAAUCUAUCACUCGCACCAUUUCCAUCACAUGGUAGUUCACAUCAAAGAAAUGGCCUGGGUAAAGGUCUUUCUCUUGUUGUGCCUAUUUGGAUGUGAAAAGUCUCUUGGACUCAACUGGAACCCAAUCCCACGCAAGACCGUGCGGUAUAAGGAUGUUUUGGACAGCAUGGCCAGAUUCACCAUUCAUGGAGUGUUCAACUACAACAUGCUAACUCUGUCGGACCAUGAGAGAAUUUUGUACGUUGGAGCACGCGAAGCACUGUUUGCCUUGGACCCCAAUGAUAUUAGCAGGCAGCUUCGCCCACAGAUUGAUUGGCCAGCUCCAUUGGAUAAGAAGAGGGAGUGCGUCAUCAAGGGGAAGAGCAACCAGACGGAGUGCUUCAACUACAUCCGCUUCCUGCAGAGCUAUAACCACACACACCUGUACACGUGUGGAACCUACGCCUUUCAACCCAAAUGCACCUACGUGAAUGCAGAUUAUUUUACUCUCAGCACUGCUCCCCUGGACGAUGGGAAGGGCAAAUGUCCAUAUGACCCUGCAAAGGGCCACACUGGCCUAAUAGUAGACAAGGAGCUCUACUCUGCCACGCUCAACAACUUCUUGGGAACAGAGCCAGUCAUACAAAGGAACUUGGGCCAACAGCACUAUAGUCUGAAGAGUGAAUACUUGCCUGCCUGGCUCAAUGAACCAGACUUUGUGGGCUCAGCCUUGGUUCGGGAAAGCAGCAGCAGUAAUGAGGGAGAUGACGACAAAAUCUACUUCUUCUUUAGUGAGCGAGCUUUGGAACUGGACUGUGACACUGACAUCAAUGUGGCGAGAGUGGCUCGCGUCUGCAAGGGUGAUCUUGGUGGUACCCGGACGCUGCAGAAAAAAUGGACCACCUUCCAAAAAGCCCGUCUGGACUGUUCCCUCCCCGAGCGUCAUGUCUCCUUCAACAACCUCCGGGCUGUCUUCACGCUGCCUGGGCAGGAUUGGAGGGGUACGACUUUCUUCGGCAUCUUUCAUGCUCAGUGGGGUGACGUGGACGUGUCGGCGGUAUGUCAGUACCAGAUCAGUGAUGUGAAGAAGGUGUUUGAAGGCUCCUACAAGGAAUACAGGGAGACGUCGCAAAAGUGGGGGCGCUAUAAUGGACCUGUUCCCAACCCACGGCCUGGAUCGUGUAUCACAAACUUAGAAAGGGAAAGCGGCUACAACAGCUCUCUGCAGCUACCUGAUGCAACACUCAACUUUGCCAAGAAGCACCCACUGAUGGAGGACAAAGCACUUGCUCGCCCCCUGCUUCUCACCAAGGGUGUGAACUUCACAAGGCUGGUCGUGGAUCGGGUUACUGGUCUAGAUCAAAGAGCCUACAAUGUUCUCUUCCUUGGCACAGCUGAGGGCUGGCUGCAAAGGGUGGUUAUCCUUGGCUCUGAAGCUCAUGUGAUAGAAGAAAUACAGCUCUUUGAUAUAGCCCAACCAGUAGACAGCCUGACAAUUUCCCACUCUAAGAAGUAUGUCUACAUCGGCUCUCGUUCAGAGGUUCUCCAGUUGCCCUUAGCCAACUGCAGCCGCUAUCAGUCUCAGCCAGACUGUCUGCUCGCCAGAGACCCCUACUGCGCUUGGGACAGUGAGGGUCGCGCUUGUGUUCGCAUUGACCUCCACCGAGGAUCCACGUCUUCUCUGUCACAAGACCUAAUGCUGGAAAGGUUCAGCCGUGGAAAAGCAAAGUUUGACAAGCCCGUCUCCAUCCCAAGCCCUGAGCACUCUCGCCUUCGGAAUGUUACAGUGGUGGUGGGCUCAGACAUGGUGCUACCCUGCCAGUUGAUCUCCAACCUGGCCCAGUCCUUAUGGGUUGUCAACGACCGGGAGCUCCUUCUUGGUGACCCCGAGGCCGGAGGGCCACGUUUUGACCGGACCCUCAAGGCCCUUGUUGUGCCUGAAGCGGGCCAGAUCCAAGCUGGGCGCUACAUCUGCUAUUCUGAGGAAAAAGGGGUGAAGUUUCAAACCGAGCGCUACCAAGUGGCUGUAGUCGCAAGUGCUCCUGUCUUCAUGGAAGCCCGUGCUCCAGACAGAAGAAUGGGGUUGUUCUGGGUGCUGGUCAUCACCCUUGGUGCAGCGUGCAUCCUGCUCCUGGUUGCAGCUCUCUACCUUCGCCGGCGACUGAAGCUUGCUUUAGGAAAGGGAGCUGACAUGAAGCCUCUUGAAAGCACCCUGGUCUAUCCCAUCACCCUUCCGAAGGAGCCACCCACUUUUGUGCCCAGCAAAAUGCCCAGCGACGAGGACCGCUUCUGGGAAACGGGUGCCAAUUAUUACUACUCAGACGGCUCACUUAAAAUUGUUCCCGGUCACGCCCUUGGGCCCAACAGCGUCAGCAGCACGGCAUCACCCAGUGCCAUUCCAGGCCAGCCCAUCCACUCUCCCAGCCGUCUCAGUCUUACCAACAUCCGAGGCUCCGGUAGCAAUGGUUACAUUCGCCUGAACCUGAGCACAGCAGGGGAGGAGAGGGCUAGCGGGGCUUGCGCUGGUGCUGGCGGGCUGAGCGGUCUGGGCAUGGGUGGGAAUGACUACUCGAGCCCAUUCAAAGACGAGCUAAGACGCACUUUGCAGCAGAGGAGUGUGCUGCCCGACGCCAAUCCAGAGGAGUCGUCGGUCUAGGCAUUUCCUCCGCCGUCAUUCCGCCAUUCCCUUGAGUUGGAAAAAAAAACAACCAACCUACCUCCCUCCUUUUGAGGAUGCCUGCUCUCUCUCUCUCUCUCUCUUUUUCAGUGAGUGACACGUUGUCACCUACAAAUGCUCUUUCCCUCGCCCUGCCAAUGCCUGUUUGGCUCACUGCAGACAUUUAUAGCAUGUUAAAUAUAGACUCUCACCCAUGGUUCACCAACACAUACUCAUAAUUAUUGUGUGCUCUGCACUACCAAGUCUUGAACUUUCUCUGCUUCCACUGUGUCAUGACCAUUCAUCGAAAUUGUGUACUUGUACAGGAGUUACACCCUAGGCAUGGUAAUCAAACCAAUGGCAUUAUCUGAAGGGUACAUUUAAUACAUGUGACUACCAGCAUUUGUGCUGGGAACGUUUGAUGGAUGGCAAGGAAAAGAUUACUAUUCCACCGAGACUUAAAUUUUCAGCUUGUACUGCACUUAUACCUGGAAGCCAGUCUUCUCUUAUUUGUAAUUGUAAGCCAAGAGGAGGCUAAUUAAUGUUGAAGGAAGACAACAAUCAUUUUUGAGUAUGAGGAGCCUUGUGAAAAGGCGAUACAAAGAGAGAGAGCUACAUAAGUGGUAUAAAAUGAAGACACGGGAGUUUCUCAAUGAAGGACAAUCUCUGUAAAUGUUUUGGCCCAAUUCCUUUUUUUCUGCUAAGUGAAUUCCAUUUUGUUGUGAUGGUUGAUUUGAAUUUAGACGUUUCUCCAAGAUUUUUUUUCUUUGUUUAAUUUCUUGAGGACCACUGCAGUCUUCAAGUUGUUGUCAAGUGACUUAUGUCAACCUUUUGUGAAGAAAAAACAAGUGCUUACAUUCCAGGCUCCACCAUCCACGGUGACCUUCAAAAGCACCUUCAAUGUACUAAAAGUGCAUGAGAACCACAUGUUGAUGAGAAUUUGUGUUUGACUUGAACUCUUUUGGAUAUUUUCUCAUUCCCUUGGAAAAGAAAAUGCUGUUGGCAUUCAGCAAUAAGACAAAAGACUGCAGACGUUCCAACAACACAAAGACAACAAAGCAUGGAGAAUGUAGUUUGAAUCCUCACUGUCGCGACUGCUGUGGAUGUUUUCAAAAGUGCUUUAUGUUUUGUAUAGUGACAGUGGUAACUUGCCCUGCAAUGAAGGAAACUACAACGCUCAUUCACACACCCAAUGCUUUGAAUGUCUACAAGCCUGGACUAUAGUGUGUAACAGGAUGCCAUGAAUCCCCUGCCUACCUUACUGAGGUCCGGAGACCCAAGUUUGGGGUUGGUGUCUUUUGGACAUAGAGGUGAAGAACAAUGAGAAGCACACAAGGCUUACUUCCACACUAACGGGCUGCCGGACGACAGCUUCUCUGAAUAUUUUACAGGGGUAUUCUUGGGACAUGUCUGGAUGGCCCAGGAGAGCUGAGCAAGAAGUUAAUAUUCUGUUCUUAAACACACUGUGGACAAUGGUCUAAAAUCUUGCAUAUCCCAAAUGACUCCAUGGUCAAAGAGGUACUAGGCCGUCAGAGCAACUUGUUGCAUGACCAACAGGAAAAGGACUCUACAUUUUGAUCAUCCUUGUACAACAUUUUUUGGAUAAAGCAUUUUUGGAGUUUUGAAUAUGAUACAGUAUUGUAAAACAUUAAUGCUUUCUUUGGAAAAAAAAAGCCUUGGUUUUAUGGUUCAAGGAAAGGAUUUUGUUUCAUGGCUGUGUUCCAUGCGUCACGUCACCUUUGGGUAAGCCAAAGUAGACUGCAGAUGUUUUUUCUGUUGUAUUUUUCCUAAAUUAUUUUUCUGAAACAGUUCAAUAAUCAGCUGUCCGUCCUCUUUGCAACCCUGAGCUGAUGUCUGCAAGCUUUCUGAAUAUUUUAACUGCAGCAAAAUGUUCCCUCAAGGAAGAAAAUGGCUUAAGGCUAAUGGAUUUUCUGUUUGUUUCCUGUUUAAGUGUCAGCUGUGAUCAGCUGGAUCUGAUUCUUUAUGAAGGCUUACCAAUGUACCAAAAUCAUUAUUUAAUUGGUGAGCUGCCAAAAACCAAAUAUGAAACUUCUGAUUUAAAGCAGAUCAGUGGUAGAAUGUGUGCACUUGAUUAGUAUUCGAUACUUUGACAAAGUUAACUCAUCACUGAAUACUCUGGUACUUGGUCGUGUUAUCUGGAGUUUUUCUUCUGCUAUCAGGCUUUGCUUUACUUUGCAUUUUGCCAAAAAAAAAAAAAAAAAUCUAAAGAUUGAUUGAACAGGUCGAAGUCCUUUGCUGGAGUAAAAUGCAUGUGUUUUAAGUCUUAAUCUGUUCACAUUUGUUUGCCAUAACCACUCCAGUGAAGUAUUUUCAUUUGUGUUCAUCCCAGUUUUCAUAUGACCUGGUUUCACUUUACUAUCUUAUUGAUCUUUUGUUUGUUCUUAAAGUAAUGUUAAGUAAAUUAUUUCUUGUACAAACACGUUGAUAUUUAUUAUCAUUGUACAUAUUCCCUUAUUUUUUAUAUGUGUGUAUAUAUACAUACUAUAUACACAAAU